AUGGAGCUCUGGCUGCACUACAUCAAGUACACUUCAGAAGCAACUUCGGUCGUGUGUGGCGGAAAACCAGAAUUGGGUCUGUCUUGUGACUAUUUACUCCAUGGUAUGCUGGCCACGGCAGCUUCUCAUCUUGCGUACUUGAAACCAGAUCACCGAGCAAAGUACAAUUUACUUUCACGACAACAUCAAGACCUCGCACUCGGCCCCUUCCAGCAAGCCAUGGAAUCUAUUACAGAAGAAAAUGCGAGCUUCGUGUUUUCCUACGGCAUCCUUCUUGUUGUCGGAAGUCUUUCCUCGUCUGAAAUCAUCCCAACACAAAGAGGCAAUGAGCCGUCGAGUCGCAUAGCAGAUUGGGUGAUCUGUAUUCGAGGGUGCCGUUCAGUAUGCCUCGUCGCUAAGUCGGAUAUCGGUGGCUUCCCUAUCAAUGAAUUGCAGAAACUACGAGAGACGUUCGCAUUCACCGUUCAAGGCUUCAACGCCACCUUGACGGUUGCCAUGAAAAUCCCCUCACCCAACUCGGUACCACAGAGGAUGUCCAAUCGAUUGUUGCUCACUUUGUGGCCAUUAACUGUGACCGACGCCUUUGUUCGACUUCUUUCGGAGAUGCGACCUCCAGCGCUAAUAAUCAUGGCGCACUACUGUCUAAUAUUGAGAAGAGGCAAGGACUGUUGGUACAUGGCUGAGAGCGGACUUAAAAUAUUCCAGGCAAUUCAACACUAUUUGGGAGAGGAAUGGUCGGCUUACGUUGAAUAUCCCCGACGGGUAUUUGGCUUGUAG